GGAGGGUUUCCUUUAGCAUGGAGGAGGAGCGCUCGCCUCCUCCUUUGAAGAACUGCUAUUGGGUUCUUCGCCAUGGUCGCAGCGUGCCAAACGAGAUUGGUCUCAUCGUUUCUCACAAGAGCAAUGGGACAUUACCUCAGCAUGGCCUCGCCGAGGGGGGAUUCGUUCAAGCCAAGGCUGCUGGCGAGAUCUUUGUUAAGCAACUCGAAGAGCACGGCAGCUUUAAGAACGUCGCCAUUUACUCUUCGCCCUUCACGCGGACCAUGGAGACUGCAAACUGCGUAGCUGAAGUUCUCAAGCAUGCAUACGAAAAUUUGGAGAUCAGAGUCUUGGAUGAGCUGCGUGAGAGGUACUUCGGGCCAGCUCUAGAGCUGCAGUCUCAUCUUCACUAUCCCGAGAUCUGGGAAAUCGAUGCGCGAAACCCACUCGUUGGCCCCGAAGGUGGUGAAAGCGUAGCCGAUGUUGCAAAGCGAGUAGCCGCAGUGAUUCCUCAGCUCGAGUUACAACACGAAGGUUAUGCUAUAUUGCUUGUAAGUCAUGGUGACACACUCCAGAUCCUUCAAACUAUAACAAAGGCCGCGGAGAAAUCAAAUGUCCUUUGGAGUAUUCCAAGCACAAAGGGCCGGCAGACUUUGUCUUUGUGUGUUGGAUUAUCUCUUCUAACAUUAAUUUGUUGCAAAGUCUUUGUCUUUGUUAAAGCUAUGGAGCUUCCCGAUCUUCACAACAAGUAUUGGGUGCUCAGGCAUGGACGAAGCGUUCCCAACGAGUUGGAUCUAAUCGUCUCACACGAGGCUAAUGGAGUUCUGCCUGGGUAUGGGCUUGCUCCUCAGGGCCUUGUGCAAGCAAGAAACGCUGGCAAAAUCUUCGUCAAGGAACUCAAGAAAUUUAGUCUAGACAAUGUCUGGAUCUAUUCUUCCCCGUUUAGCCGCACGAUCCAAACAUCUGAGUGCGUUUUGGAAGCGGUGGAUGCAAGCUUUGAGAAUACACGGAUUCAUGUUCUUAGUGAGCUUAGGGAGCGAUACUUUGGGCCAUUCUAUGAACUAAAGUCGCGCUUGGAGUACUCUCACGACGAUAGAAAGGAUCCCUUUGUUGGGCCUGAAGGCGGUGAAAGUGUCAUGGACGUGUACGAGAGAGUGCUCAAAGCAAUUCAUGAAAUCGAGCGACAAACGCACGGGUCUGCUGUUUUGAUUGUUGGCCAUGGUGAUGUUCUUCAAAUCCUCCAGGCAGUAGUGGACUACAGGAGCUCAAAAAAGCUCAGAACAUAUGAAGAACUUGCCAGUAGCUUGUCCAAACACAAGAGAUUUGAGCUUUCUAAUGGCGAGCUUAGAGAGCUCAAUUAGUCAUUUUAUGUUU